AAAACCGGACUGGCCUGUGCUACUCAUCACAAACUUUCACAAAUUCAAACUUAUAGUAUACCUCCCACCUCCCCAUUAUUUUCAGCAACAAUAAUGGAGGUCGAGAGAGACCAACACACAUCUCUUCUGGCUGAGACUAUCCCAAUAGUCGAUCUAAGCAACCUUGACGAAGAGCAAGUGUCUCGUGCGGUGGUGAAAGCGAGCGAAGAGUGGGGGAUUUUUCACGUGGUUAAUCAUGGAAUCCCGAUGGAUCUGAUAGGGCGGUUGAAGGAGGUUGGUGCACAGUUCUUUGAUCUCCCGGAGACGGAGAAGAAUGCCGUAGCCAAACAAGCUGGCUCCAAAGACUUCGAAGGUUACACCACGAAUCUCGAGUAUGUCAAAGGAGAAAUUUGGACCGAGAAUCUUUUUCACAGAAUCUGGCCACCCUCGUGUAUCAAUUUUAGUUACUGGCCCAAAAAUCCUCCUCAGUACAGGGAAGUGAUUGAGGACUACACAAAGGAGACUAAGAAGCUAUCAGAGAGGGUUUUGGGGUAUUUAUCAGAGGGAUUAGGGUUACCACGUGAGGCCUUGAUACAAGGUCUUGGCGGCGACUCGACCGAGUAUGUAAUGAGGAUCAACAACUAUCCUCCUGACCCCGAACCGGAUUUGACUUUGGGAGUACCAGAGCACACUGAUAUCAUCGGGAUCGCAAUCAUUGUCACCAAUGAAGUUUCAGGGCUCCAAAUUUUCAAGGACGAUCGCUGGUUCGAUGUCCACUACAUUCCCACUGCCAUAACCGUCAACAUUGGCGAUCAGAUUCUGAGGCUGAGCAAUGGCAAGUACAAGAAUGUGUUGCAUAGAGCAAUUGUGGAUAAGGAAAAGAAGAGGAUGUCAUAGCCGAUUUUUGUGGAUGCUAAUCCUGAUGUGGUCAUCGGACCGUUGCCGGAGCUAAUUACCGGCGAUAAUCCCGCUAAGUUCAUGCUUAUUACAUGCAAGGACUUUAAGUACCGUAGACUCCUUAAACUUCCAGUCGAGUGAACUCAUAUAUAAUUAUGAGUCUUUGUCUCUUGUGUGUUUACUUAUAUUGUUUAAAUAUUUAAAUAAUGGGCAUGUAAAAGAUAAUACUAUUACUAGACGCAUACCCGCAUUAAUACACUCAAAAGUAUUUUUAUACAUACUUUUCAAUA